AUGAUACUGAUAGUUAUUGGUCUCUAUAUGACGAAACUAAAAUAUGGAUUAGUCACUGACAUUUUAAUCUCAAAUUCUACAUUUACAAUAACAACUAUAAAUAACCAAAACAUACAGUGUAUCGUAUACUUUCAAGAGCGCUCCGGUCGUCUUGGUAAUCGAAUGUUUAUGGCUGCUAGUGCUUAUGGUCUUGCUCGUCUUCAUUCUUGUCAUUUAUAUUUAACACCAGAAACAAUCACAGAAAUGCAAUCAGUAUUUAUUUUCGACCUUUCUCCUCUUCUUAUUUCAACCACUACUUUCAACUCAAUCGUCCACAAUCCUUCAAUAUCGAUAACUAAAAAGAGCAGGAGUAUUACUUGCCAAUACGUUCCUGAGCUGACACGUCCAAAUGCCAUUGCUCCAGGAGAUAUAUUUGAAUUGAAACACUAUUGGCAAUCGUAUCUUCAUUUUACGAAAUAUAACGAUGAUAUUCGAGAACGUAUAUUUUCUGCUGCGCAGUCUAUACUUCAGAAAGUCUCAAAAUUAUUUGUUGACAUCUACAAACUAAAAGUUCACUUCAAACCUAAAUUUGCAUUGGACAAUCAUCAAUUAUUUAAAAACCAAUUAGCUCAAUCGAACUGGACAACAUGGAUUGGAAUUCAUGUGCGUCGCUCAGAUUUCGUUCCUUUACAGUUUUCUUCUUCUGAUGAAUAUUUAUUUUUUGCUAUAGAAUAUUACACAAAACGCUAUCCGAAUGCUCAUUUUAUAGUUGCAAGUGAUGAUAAACGCUAUUGCAGAAAACUAUUUCAUAAUCGAGCAAAUUUUUUUCUUACACCAGAAUCAUUUUCUAUGGGUGAAGAUUUAAUAGCACUAUCACUCUGUGAACAUUCAAUCGUAACUGGUGGAACAUUUGGCUGGUGGACAGCUUAUCUUGCGAAUGGUCACGUAAUUCAUGAUAAAGUAUAUCCAUCUGGCUGUGAGCGACGUGAAUAUUACUAUCCACCAUGGUUUAUGAUACCGGGAAAUGUACGAGCGCAAAAGAAUAGCAAUUACACAUUGUGA